AUGUCAUCGAUCGGUGGUCAAACAAAAAGAUCAAAAGAAAGAAUUCAACGUGGAUCAUAUUAUGGCGUAAAUAAUCUGGAUCCGUCUGCUGAAAACUACAUCACCGAUGCUGAAAUCAAUACCCGUGGUUAUGUGGAUCGAAAUGGUCAAAUUCACUAUUCAAUUCCCAUUUUCCCGAAAGCAACGGAAUCGAAGCACAUCGCAAAAAAAACUGGACAUGUUUUUAUAAGCAGCGAAAACAGUGAACGAUCCAUUCAUAGUUAUACAUCAAAUAGUAAAAGCGAAUUAGGCGAUGAAAAAGGGACUAUUUUGGGAGUUAUCACAUGCUCAGUUGGUGAUAGCACUGAUAGAGGGAAAUUAGAUUAUAAGGUGUGCGAUAACGGCCGUAUCUACGAGUUGAAAUGCUCAAAUGGUCCUUCAAUGGUGCUUAGUUUUAGCAAAAAGAAUGCGGCAUUGGUGACAAAUUGGUAUAAAAAUGACAACUUAUCACUUUCCUAA